AUGUGACAUUAGAUACAAGCACCACCCAAGAGGCCGCCUUUCACAAACCCAGAGAGUCAGUCGAGUAAACACAUUAUAUACUUACAAAUAUACUUACACCAAACUUAACUCAUAGACUUCAACUCCCGAAAGAAGUGACCGAAAUUUAAUCAAUAUUGACCUAAAUAAAGCAAGCGGAUUGUAAUUUAUGCACCAGUGACAUACACCAUAGGGAAUAGAUUUGCUCGUUGUGGGCAAGUGCACUUGCUGGAAUAGAUGUCAUUUCGCAGUAUAGUACGUGAUGUAAGAGAUGGGUUUGGGGGUUUAUCCAGACGGGGUUUUGAGGUGAGACUUCCUGGCCAGCAUCAAAGGGGAAAAUCUCAUGGCGCAGUUCAUGAGUUGCAUGACCAGCCUGUAGUCAUCCAGGAUAGUUGUUGGGCAAAUCUUCCACCUGAGUUACUACGCGAUGUGAUCAAUAGGUUGGAGGCAAGUGAGAGUACAUGGCCUGCUAGAAAGCACGUUGUUGCUUGUGCUGCUGUGUGUAGGUCAUGGAGGGAAAUGUGCAAAGAAAUAGUCAAAAGUCCAGAAAUCUCAGGAAAGCUUACUUUUCAGGUCUCUCUGAAACAGCCGGGGUAUCGGGAUGGCCCAAUUCAGUGUUUCAUCAAGAGAGACAAAGCUAAUUUAACUUACCGUCUGUUCCUUUGUCUUAGUCCUGUCUUGCUUGUAGGGAAUGGAAAGUUUCUUCUUUCUGCAAAACGGACUAGAAGAACCACCUGCACAGAGUAUGUAAUCUCAAUGGAUGCUGAUAAUAUAUCAAAAUCAAGCAGCACUUACAUCGAAAAACUGAGGUCUAAUUUCCUUGGCACAAAAUUCAUAAUCUAUGACACACAACCUCCACAUGAUGGUGCUCGCGUAUCUCCACCUAGCCAUUCAAGCCGUCGAUUUUACUGGAAAAAGGUUUCUCCCAAAGUCCCUUCUGGGAGUUUUAAUAUCGCCCAAGUUACCUAUGAACUUAAUGUUCUAGGCACAAGAGGCCCUCGGAGGAUGCACUGUGUCAUGCACUCAAUUCCAAACUCAGCUCUUGAGCCAGGUGGUUCGGUACCAGGCCAGCCAGAGCUCUUCCCGCAUUCCCUGGAGAACUCUUUCAGGAGCAUAUCCUUUUCAAAAUCAAUCAACAGCUCCACCGAGUUCAGCAGCUCUCGGUUUUCUGACAUCGUUGGCCCAUGCGAGGAAGGGGAAGAGGGGAAGGAAAGACCUUUAGUUCUUCGGAACAAACCCCCACGCUGGCAUGAACAGUUGCAGUGUUGGUGCCUUAAUUUCCGCGGAAGAGUAACUGUUGCAUCGGUGAAAAACUUUCAACUGAUUGCUGCUACACAGCCUGCUGCUGCUGGGGCACCAACACCAUCACAACCUGCACAACCAGCCCAACCAGCUCAGCCUGAUCAUGAUAAGGUUAUACUGCAGUUUGGCAAGAUUGGGAAGGACAUGUUCACCAUGGAUUAUCGAUAUCCUCUCUCUGCGUUUCAGGCUUUCGCUAUAUGCCUGAGUAGCUUCGACACCAAACUGGCUUGUGAAUAGUAAAGAUACCAUAGGUUUAUCAAUCGGAAUGUGGUCUCUCUCUCCUUUUUCCUUUUAGAUUGUUUACAGUCGGCCAGCACUGACAGGUAUAGGAAACAUUGUCCCUGCUGUUGUAGCUCUUCUUUGCUUAUUUUGUGUUGAUUAAGUUGUACUUUGCGUUGAACUUUAACUCCUCUUUUAUUUUCUCAAAGUAAGACCUUUGAAGGAUUAUUACUGCCUCCUAUGCUUAAUCUUUUUUUAUAUGUUCCCCACAUUGCUCAUACAGUCAUACUU